GACAUGAACAAGCAUACUAUCACGUGCCGAUAACCCGUGCCGUACCGUAUCAGUACCGUAAUCGGCCCUGUUCUCCGCACCCAAUCCCCCUUCAUUGAUUGGCUCUUCUCCUCAACUUCGUCAUGAUCGCGAGUUCCGCGGCUCUCCAACUCCAGCAUCAUCAUCAUCUUCAUUCCAUCACUUUCUCUAUCCCCCUCACCUAAAGUUGACACACAUCUAUACCACAAAUCUCCACACACUCAACUCACCAUGUCUACCCCAGACGAAGCUGUCCCGCAGCCCGCCGAAGUCAUGACAAUCGCCACCCCCAUCAACCUCAUCCUCCUCUCUCUCUUCGUCAUCCUCGUCUACCUCCAACUCCGUCCCAAAGCCCCCGUCAGCCUCCCCAAGGGUCCUCCCCCCGUCGUCUUCCGCACCUUCACCCCAACCACUCUCCUCCCCUUCAACGGCGAGAAUGACGCUCCCGUCUACCUCGCUGUCCGUGGUCGUGUCUUCGACGUGACUCCCGGCAGGAACUUCUACGGACCGGGCGGUCCCUACGAGAACUUCGCCGGUCGCGACGCUUCCCGCGGUCUGGCUUGCCAGAGCUUCGACGAGGAAAUGCUCACCAAGGAUCUGAAGGGUCCGUUGGAUGAUCUGAAGGAUCUGGAUAACGAGCAGUUGGAGAAUCUGCAGUCGUGGGAGGAGCGCUUCUCUGAGAAGUAUUUGGUUGUUGGGAAGUUGGUGGCCGAGGGAGAUCCGGAGGCUAAGAAUGCUUGA